AUGGCGUUAGUGAGGGAGCACGCGGCGUACGGAGGCUUCGACGGCGCCGAGGCAACGGCGUUCGAAGCUCUCGUCUACGGCCACGACAACGCGUUGCUGGGCUUUGACGCCGCGGCGCUGUUCGGGGGAGGGACAUCCUCUGCCAGCGCGGCCUAUGUGGCGGGCGGCAGGAACGCCUGGGCGAGCACCGGUUCCGCGUCCAUGCUGGCGUUCGACCGCGCCACGGCGGCGGCGGCGGCGGCGGCGGCUGUGGGGGAGGAGGAGGAGGAGGAAUGCGACGCGUGGAUCGACGCUAUGGACCAGAGCUACGCCGCCGCCGCCGCGGCGCCAGAGGCGCGCCACGCGCCGACGACGGCGUCCGUGGGCUUCGACGCGGCCACGGGGUGCUUCACCCUGACGGAGCGAGCGUCGCCGUCCGGCGACGCGGGGCGCCCGUUCGGCCUGCUGUUCCCGGGCACGUCGUCGUCGGUCGGCUCGCCCGAGCGCGCGGCGCCGGCGCGCGCCACGCGGAAGCGCACCUACGUGGAUGCGCUGCCACAGGCCGUCAAUGCCAAGAAGCCGUGCGGCGCGGGCAGGAAGACGAGCAAGGCCAAGUCGGCGCCCACCGUCCCGACCAAGGACCCGCAGAGCCUCGCGGCCAAGAAUCGGAGGGAGCGGAUCAGCGAGCGGCUCCGGACGCUGCAGGAGCUUGUGCCCAACGGCACCAAGGUCGACAUGGUCACCAUGCUCGAGAAGGCCAUCAGCUACGUUAAAUUCCUCCAGUUGCAAGUCAAGGUUCUUGCAACAGACGAGUUCUGGCCGGCGCAGGGAGGAAAGGCGCCGGAGAUCUCCCAAGUCAGGGAGGCGCUCGACGCCAUCUUGUCGUCGGCGUCGCAGAGGGAACAACUGAAUUAGCUAGGAGACAAGACAUAGCUCUGGAUCAAACGCAUAAUGAUAUAUGAUAGAAAGAGAAGGAGCAAACGCAUCAUAAUGAUAUAUGAUAGAAGUUACUAAUAACGAACCACCUCGUUCGAAGAUAAAUAAGGAGGCAAAUUCAUAAUUAAGCACUACUGUAGAUUUGAUCUUUUUCUUUUUUAAUUUCCCAACUGAUUAUGUGGAA